CCUAGAGAAAGUACUGGGCCAGAGCUGGGUGGGAUUAUCGUCACUUAGUCCGACCCCUGAACAGGAUGACAGUUAUUUGACUCCAACAUCAUGGCUACCGGCAAAACUCGUCAGAUCUCUGUGACUCGUGCCCAGAAACUCCCUCCAAUCCGCGAGGAGACGUUCUCAAGUAGAGGAGGAAGCGCCCGGAUCUCCGUCAGACCAGCAGCUAAAUAUGAAGUCCUAAGAACCUCAAACGACCCUCCCAAACCACGUCCUACGGUACACGCUCGCCCCCUACCAGCCGACAGAUCACAAUCUCCAAAGGAGCGGAAGUCUCCAAGAUAUCAGUCCCCUCGUAGUCAGGCGCCACCGCGCCCGAAUUUGUACAUGCCAUUAACGCCAGUAGACACAACAAACACUCUAGUAGACGGUCUGGUAGCAGAUUAUCUCCACUUUGCUCAAUACGGCCAUAUUAUUCCUCUGUAUGAAGGCUCUAGUAAUCUUACCUGUCCAUGUUGUACGGACAGAAACCGCGAGAAUGUGCGAACUCUUCUAGGAUUUCCUUCCACCGAGAAAAGUAAAGUCGGACAUCGCCAUACAAAUGACUCAAAAUACGGCGGAUCUCUGUCGAAUGACUUCAGCACUGGUAACCAUACCAAGAAUUACGAACCUGUGUACGGCGGAUCCCUCUCGGAUCGGACGCUGGUAGGCGGGGACCGCCAUCGGAGCAUGGACCGUACAUGGAUGAAUUAUCAGCCUCUUGUUCACGCCUCAAAUUAUCUGAACCCAGAGUUCAGUCGUCCCUCUGUUCUCUACAACUACAACGUGAAUCAGACCAGCGCCGACGACGAACACGUCAGGAGCCAAGUCUUGUCGGCCGACAAACAGUACGAACUCUCCAUGGCAAAACUCGAGAAAUACGGAUUUUGACGUCAGCCAUGUCUUACUAUACUUCCUUCAUGAAAAUCAUCAAUACGUACACUUUUCAAAAUUUGCUUUAGAUGAGGAGCUUGUCUUUGCAAGUCAAUACAUACAUGAAUAUAAGCCAAAACAUAAUCUAGAGAAGGAAAAGUGAAAGUGUUGCGUCAUUGAUACUCGUCUCUUGUCCACCUCAUGAUGUCAUGGAAUCUCGGAAUACCUCAGUGUUCUACGAGUACUUCUGUCGAGAGCUUCCCUGUAUCUAUUGUGAUCUCGUGAUACAUGUAGUGUAUAUAUAUCUAAAUAUCUGAAGUAUAUUUUGUCACGAUACGUUAAACAGACAGUCAUGUGUCAGAACCUCAUUUACCUCGGAAUACAGUAUGCUGUCUUUGUAUUCUAGUCAUAAUUAGCGUUUGUAUUUAGUGUUUAUCGAUCGUUUUCCGCUUAUGCUCUACUUAUCAUUGAAAACUUACUUUUGAUAGAAUAUAAAUAUUUUAAACAGAGACUCAGAUAUAAUGUAAUUGUAUAGACACCUGUAAUACUGUGCUAUGGUGUUCAUCGUUUUUGUAGGAAAGAUACCUUCUACCCAGAUUAUUAAGAAAAAAUUCUUUUCAUUCUUAGAAAAUCGUUUAUACCUCAUCCCUAUUUAUUGCUUGUUUGUUUGAAGUUUUAU